GCCCGCGGAGGCCGCUGGGAGGCUGCUGGCGGCUGGCGGUGCGCGAGAGCCGAGGGAGGGAGGCAGGCGGCAAGAUGGUGUUGGAGAGCACCAUGGUCUGUGUCGACAACAGUGAAUACAUGCGGAAUGGGGACUUUCUACCCACCCGGCUGCAGGCCCAGCAGGAUGCCGUCAACAUCGUCUGUCACUCCAAGACCCGCAGCAACCCCGAGAACAACGUGGGCCUCAUCACACUGGCCAACGACUGCGAGGUGCUCACGACACUCACCCCUGACACUGGCCGCAUCCUUUCCAAGCUGCAUGCCGUCCAGCCCAAGGGCAAGAUCACCUUCUGCACGGGCAUCCGCGUGGCCCACCUGGCCCUGAAGCACCGCCAGGGCAAGAACCACAAGAUGCGGAUCAUCGCCUUCGUGGGAAGCCCCGUGGAGGACACCGAGAAGGAUCUGGUGAAACUGGCCAAGCGUCUCAAAAAGGAGAAAGUCAACGUCGACAUUAUCAAUUUUGGGGAGGAGGAGGUGAACACGGAGAAGCUGACGGCCUUCGUGAACACGCUGAACGGCAAAGACGGGACGGGCUCGCACCUGGUGACGGUGCCCCCGGGGCCCAGCCUGGCUGAUGCCCUCAUCAGCUCCCCGAUCCUGGCUGGGGAGGGCGGCGCCAUGCUGGGUCUCGGUGCCAGCGACUUCGAAUUCGGAGUGGACCCCAGUGCCGACCCGGAGCUGGCCCUGGCCCUGCGUGUCUCCAUGGAGGAGCAGCGGCAGCGGCAGGAGGAGGAGGCCCGGCGGGCGGCAGCGGCCUCGGCCGCGGAGGCCGGGAUUCCCACGCCAGGGGCUGAGGGCGAGAGAGACUCGGACGACGCCCUGCUGAAGAUGACCAUCGGUCAGCAGGAGUUUGGCCGCGCCGGCCUCCCCGACCUGAGCAGCAUGACGGAGGAGGAGCAGAUCGCCUACGCCAUGCAGAUGUCGCUGCAGGGUGCAGAGUUCGGCCAGGCCGAGUCAGCUGACAUGGACGCCAGUUCAGCCAUGGACACAUCUGAGCCGGCCAAGGAGGAGGAGGACUAUGAUGUGAUGCAGGACCCCGAGUUCCUGCAGAGCGUCCUGGAGAACCUGCCUGGUGUGGACCCCAACAACGAGGCCAUCCGGAACGCCAUGGGCUCCCUGGCCUCCCAGGCGUCCCAGGCUACUAAGGAUGGCAAGAAGGACAAGAAGGAGGAGGACAAGAAAUGAGACUGGGCGGACAGGGACGCAACACUGCUGGAGGGCUGCGGGGACCGCGGGCGGGGAACUAGAAAUGAGACCUGUGACCUCAGCCA